GAAAACGUGUACUCGACCUUUCAGAGAUUAUUGCAAGUGUUGUUGAAAUUUUUAGAAAGUUUGGGGGUCGUACUUUAAAUUUUACAGAUGUUUGUUUGAAAUUAUGGAAGAAAAAACAAAUGAACUGCUUUUUAAAGACAUCGAUGCAGAUGAUGAACCACAAACCAAUGCAGUGGAAAGUUUGUGCAUGAAUUGCCAUGAAAACGGAACAACUCGAAUACUUCUCACAAGAAUACCAUUCUUUAGAGAAGUUGUUCUGAUGUCAUUUGAAUGUCCUCACUGCGGUUAUGCCAAUAAUGAAAUCCAGUCUGCGGGAAGAAUUCAAGAUAUGGGAUGCAACAUUAAACUGUUGGUGUCCUCUCCAAAGGAUUUGAACAGACAGGUAGUCAAAUCAGAUUCUGCAUCAUUUACCAUUCCAGAGUUGGAGUUUGAGAGUCCUGCUUUUUCCCAAAAAGGAGAACUUACCACCAUCGAAGGACUUUUAGGACGUGCCAUCACUGCUUUGGAGCAAGAUCAGCCAGUUAGAAGGAUCAUGGAUCCUGACAAUGCAGUGAAAAUUGAUGAUUUUGUGGCGCAGUUGACAAAAUGCCGCGAUGGAAACCGGAAGUUCACCCUUCACCUGGAUGAUUCAUCUGGCAACAGUUUCAUCGAAAAUCCACAUGCCCCUAAAGAAGAUCCACAGAUGACCAUGGUGUAUUAUCGCAGAAACGCAGAACAGAACGCCCAACUAGGACUUCAGCCAGCCAGUCAAACCGAGGAGAAACAGGAAGAGGAAGAAGAGGAAGAGCAAACAAAUGUAAAUGACGAGGUGUUAAAUUUUCCAACAAAUUGUCCUUCGUGUAAUGCACCUACAGAAACCAGAAUGAAGCUUGUUGCUAUACCGCAUUUUAAAGAGGUGGUGAUUAUGGCGACCAAUUGCGAUGCUUGCGGGCAUAGGUCAAAUGAAGUCAAGUCUGGCGCUGGUAUGGAACCUCAUGGAACGAGACUCACUCUCAGGAUAACAGAUCCUUUGGAUCUCAACAGAGAUGUGCUGAAGUCAGAAACGUGUGAAGUAUACAUGCCAUCAUUGGAUUUCCACAUCGCAGCCGGCACACUGGGUGGACGAUUCACGACAUUAGAGGGCCUUUUGUGUAAUAUCAAGGACCAGCUAAAGUCGCUGAAUCCUUUUGGCUUUGGAGACAGCCCGGCUGAAUUCAGUGCAAAGAUGAAAACAUUUAUCACCAACUUGGACAAGGUAAUUAAUGGCGAGGAAAUGAAUGUUCUGAUCACACUGGAUGACCCGGCUGGAAACAGCUAUAUUCAGAAUUUGUAUGCUCCAGAUCCAGACCCUGAACUGGAAAUCGUUCAUUACCCAAGAACAAAGGAACAAGAAGACGAUCUUGGAAUAUCAGACAUGAAAACAGAAGGAUACGAGGAAGACAAUCAAAGCUGAUAUUGAAGUUCUUACAUUCCAGUUUUUCGAAGAUGAAAAUUUCUCUAUCACAGUAUGACUUCUAUUACUGGAGUUCUGUACUCAAAACUGACCAAUCAGUUUACAGGAAACAAGAGAUGAAUGGGCUCUGCCAUCUUUGUCAUCAAUGCUUAUUUCGGUCCUAAGCACCAACUGGUAGGGUUUGGCAUGGAAGCUUCUUCCCAUUGCAAGUUCGCCCCUAUGACGAUGAGUUAGCCUCAUCAAAAUUAACAUGGUCGUCUCUACCACCACUCUCCGAGGUCGAGGCGAACUGGUUGAGAGCGAACCUGCAAUGGGACGAAACCUCCAGAUACCACUGGAAAAGCUGAAUUUAACGCGCUUUUCGAUAGAGUGUCAUAAAAUAAAAACCAAAUUAAUAACAAUGGCCAAUCACUGAAAAACGAAAAUGCAUUUAAGAGCCAAUGAGAACUCAAGGUAAAAAUAAGCAAUCUGCCCAAAGCGCGGGAAAACGCGAGCGACCAAGUCAUGAUUGGUUUUAGUUUUGCACACCCAAUUGGUUGAGAAAGUGAUGCGAGUUUUCUAAACUAAUCACAGAGCGAAAUGAAGAAAAAACAAAACAAUCCCAGAUUUCUUGCGGUACUCAAUGGAAAAUUGCUCUAGUCUGACUUAUGAUGUGAAUGGUCAGUCUUGUUUUCGUGACCGCAGUUAAAGUCGAGGCUCUGGAACUCUAAAGAUUUUGUGCCGAGCUUGUUUUAGAUUCUUCCUAAAUCACUCUGGUCUUAUAAUAUCGCCUGCUUCUAGAACAGAAAGAAUGUAGUGAAGAGCGAUGUUGACAACUGAACAAUAGCUACAACAGUUAAAGGAGCAAAGGGGACACGUUUCUAAAGAAACUGUGGUACUGCGUCUGGGGAUAUCAUACGUAAUCUGGUUUUAUCAACUGAGUUGUUAAUGUAAAUCGGUCACUAUAAACAAUCUCUAAAUCUGACGCUCUGAGUGUUCGCCCCUUUCGUAAUUCGCUCUGACGAAGGGUUUUUGCUCGAACCGUCAGCUUUAGGAAAACUUCAUGGUGGCCAGUUGAAGGAGUAGUCACGUGGUGUGCGCGAUGAAACAACUUCUUUUAUCUUAUAAAGUCAGAUAUUUUAAGAAAUUUUUCGUGUUACGUGUGAUGUCAUUUCCAGAUCCCAUAUAACGCUAAGGAAAUCCAGAUUAAACAUAAUAAAAUUAUUUGAAAA